AUGGAGACUGACACUGUCAUUGUCGGCAAUGGGCCGUCUGCCAUGAUCCUUUCCUACAUACUGCAUGGCCAUAUUCCUUUCUAUUCGUCCGAACCUCCACAUCCCGAUCAUCUCUUGGACGCUAAACUAAAAGAGGCGCCGGAUCUUUUGAAUGCCGACGUCAAUUCCCUUACUGCGCAUUUUGACGCCUCGCGCCUAUCAUAUUCAACACAGGCGCUUCCAAUCAACGUCUUAUUUGACACGCUUGUACGACCAAGCGUAGAUGUGGACGAACCAGGCUGUAUCUCCAAUGUAGAGUGGCGCUCUCAACCUGAAAAGGCCGUGCCGCACCUGGUUUUUGGGAACUCAUCGAGCCCGGGUGGUCAAUGGACAGAAGACCCAUUGGGUGCUAGUUGGGAUAUCCAAACCUUGAGCUAUGCGGCAAUGCUGUCUUUGCCCGGCUACUCCUUUGCCGACCACCAUAAGAAGACAACGGGCCAGGAGCUCCCUGCAUAUACGAGGCCCACAAGACGCGAGAUUGCGGAGUACUUUGCAGCCUAUCCGCAAGCUGCCCUGAUUGAUGAUUCUUUCCGAUGUGGGGAGGAGUUGAAAGAUAUAUCCCGCACGACAGAUGGAUUUUACAUUCGGUCUCAUAAUAUUAAGUGCAAACGACUUGUCCUGGCAAGUGGUAUAUUCUCCGAAGUCCUUCCACCGGAGCCGCUGCUACAACCUAUUUUACAAACCACUUCUAUACCCUCCCUCCCGCUUCUUGUCGUCGGAUCUGGUUUCUCUGCUGCAGACUCGAUCAUAUCCGCUUCCCCAGAUCAACAUAUCCUGCACAUAUUCAAAUGGGCCCCAAACGAUCGCCCAUCUCCUCUUCGAGGCUGUCACCAGCAAGCGUACCCUGAAUACGCUGGUGUCUACCGUCUGAUGAAAAGAGCUGCACUUGCAGCCGAAAAGCCAGGCAAAGACCAGCGGCCCAAAUACCGGCGCGCUACCUCGACCCCGUUCCUUGAAAGUCGGAACUGGGAAGAGUUAUACGAAGGUGUCCCCAACGUUGAAAUCACGGAUGUGGACAUUCAAGAUGGCCUAGCUACGGUCAAAUUCCGCGACCGGGACGGAUCAGUCUUUUCUCGGUCUGUACGCGGCCUUGUGUACGCCGCCGGUCGUCGAGGCACGCUGGAUUAUCUUGAUCCCACGCUCCGCUGUGAAGUGCUGGGGCACAACGAUCAAGAUCCAGUAGUCACUGGUCAAACACUCCGCGCAAAAGCCAUUGAGGACCUAGAAGUUACCCAUGGUGUUUAUAUCAUCGGGAGUCUAACAGGAGAUUCUCUGGUGCGCUUCUCCUACGGCGGCUGUGUCUACGCUGCUGGGCAUCUUAUUGAGGGCGAGCGAGACACACGCAGCGUCUGUAGCAGUGUCGUCUCGGCUGCUAAACCACACGGCUCCUCGCUGUCCGUUAUGAACGGCAUGGAUGGCCACCUUGUGUAUCCCGCUGGAAAUGCUUCAGAAUUGACCCGCGAGGACACAUUCAGUAAGAUGUCUACGGUCACAGAUCAGCCUGCUGUACCUGGUUGGUGGAAAACACUCACACGCAUGUGGAAUGACAUUCUACGAUAA